AUGUCUGCACAACUCAACGCAUUUUCUAAAUGUCCAAUUCGAGCCAAAGGUGACCCAGCGUGUCCGCUUCACAGGGACAUGACAGUGACGUCACUGUGCCGUUAUUGUACAAAACUGGUCUGUGUUAAAUGUAAAUCGUCUGAGCAUGCUGAACACCUUACAAUGGACUUACACACAGCCGUUUCUAAGAAGAAAUGCGAAAUACAGCAAUAUACAAGCCAGAAGGCUAAUAUAAAGUUAUCGCAACUUCAGCAGAUCAUCAAAUUAAAACGAGAUGAAUUUAAGAAGAUUGGAAAAACAUUAGACGACACCCAGAUCGAAAUUAGAGAAAAUAGGAAGGCCAUAAAACAAAACCUGGAUCAAAUAUCUGACGAAUGGUGUCGCACGUGUGAAAGACUCAAGCAACAAAAUACGCAUGCCCUGGAUGAGCUGCAAUCAGCAUGUGCCACGCUAGAACAUUACAUUCAGGCGAGCAGGAAACUCAUGCUUCAAGAGGGAUCAGAUGUUCUGAUAUAUGACACCGACAUUGGACCUUACACUAACACCACCACAAUGCCAAUACCUGUCCUGUCUACAGCUGUAUUCACGCCUUCCGUAAACAGGGUAACACUUCUCGAACAAGCUUUUGGUGUACUGAAAACAUCUGAAACCUUAAACGAAAGUGCCGAUGAGAAAACAGACAAAAACGUAGAUGUGACGACAUGUGGAAAAGAUUGCAAGAAAAUGCCAAAACCCGACACAAAAUUGGAGACUAUCGGGAUACCUACACCACCAGUAAUACUUGAGAACAAAGAAACGGCAUCGCCUGAAGCGAAAGUAGACAGUGAAGAAUCGCUGCCACCUAAGGUUGCGUCAAACACGAAACAAAUGUUUGACUUCGAGGCUAGAGGUUACACUUUUCACAUCCAUGAUAUCAGUCCAGAAUCUGACCAAUCCACAUGGGUGUGCUAUAGGGAAAGUUCCAUGGUCGCACAGCUCGACAGAAAAGGAGCGGUGUUAAAAGAGAUCGAAUGCGAAGGAGUAGUAAACGGUAUAUCGGUAUCCCCGACAACAGGUCGCCUCUGGGUGUGCGUGGGCCGGUCCGUGUACGAGAUUACUUCUUCCGGUGCCUCUCUGUUACGAUUCUACACUGAUGCGGAUCAAACGUGCCUUUGUUUAUCACACGACAGCCGGGUCAUUGUUGGAAUGUUGAAUUCUACUAUAGGUGUAUACAAUACAAGGGGUGUGUGUCUCAAAACGGCAAAACAACGAGGUAGUCCUCUGAAGGUUGCGGAAUGUCCAGUCACGGGAAACACUGCAGUAGUCUUGUCAACCGCCGCGAACAAGAUGUCAGGACUUUCCAUUUUAAACAAAAAAAUGGAAGAAAUUGGUAGUUUUGAUUUGAACAUCGAUGGAAACUCCUUGAAUCCACGUGAUGUUACUUAUGACGUAAAAGGAAAUGCUUUAGUGGCCGCUGUGGGACUAGUUCCUCAUCGUUGUCACCUCUUUCUCCUCCUUGACAACCGUGGCAGUGUUAAGCGGGUGCUGGGCAAGCACAGCUCGGAAAGAUGUAGCUCUCCUCUGAUUGGAGUCGAUAAGGUCAAAUGUCUGUGGAUCGUAAGUCACCGCGAUCAAACGUCACCACAACGCGUUCAGGCUCUACAAUAUUGA